CUUCAGAAAGGGCUGUCUUCCUUCAGAUGCAUCCACAGCGCAACAGCAUCGGGUCAUGGAGACGCGUCAGUAGCUUUCUGAAGUACGGGAGAGCAGCCUUAAACUGAAGAGCUUUCUACUGCUUUAGUAACUCACCCAUAUUCUAGGACCUUUUUAUCUUUGACUGCUGCCUGUUAAUAUGUCUUAAAUCUUGGUUCUUUGCUCGGUACGUUUGGUGACGCACUGGAGCAGAUUUCUUUUGGCACUUUCUGUUGCUGUAAAUUAGAGAUCAUGUUCCGUUUUAAUACUGUUCUUGUAGCAGAAGCACAUGGGCAUCAGGUCGGUCUCCUAUAGACAAAGUUCUGUCGCUUAUUACCCAGUUGAGGCUAAACAGUGAUUUCCUUAGUGCGUAAACUUUACGCGCGAACACCAAACCUUUCCCAACAUUUUUUUUUUCAUCUUCUCUUGUCUAGCUGAUGUACAAAGAGCUGUCACCUGUAGUUAAGCUGGAGAACAAUCUUUUGUCACUGUUUUUGUCAGCGAUACUUUUAUCCCCAGUCCAGCGCAUUAACUUAGAUAGACAGCCCUACCAGAACCCGCAGGGGGCUGUGAGAGCAUCGCGCCGGUGAGUGCGCUACUCAUUGCAAAGAAGAUGAACAUCCAGAUUCUACCAGAACACAAACUUUCAUCGGUCGCACCGCUGAAACAGUGCGAUGUGGAGAAGAAAGAGGUAGAAUUGAUACUGGUCAAGGACCAGAACGGAGUCCAGUACACCAGCUCCUGCAUUAUUUCCAAUCCUGUAAACCACGCAGGUUUGCCCGGAGCGCCUCCAGAGAGCGACCGAGAAACUUGGGGCAAGAAAAUAGACUUUCUCUUGUCCGUUAUUGGUUUUGCAGUGGAUUUGGCUAAUGUUUGGAGAUUUCCAUACUUAUGCUACAAAAACGGAGGAGGUGCCUUUUUAAUCCCAUAUACUCUUUUCCUGUUCAUUGCUGGGAUGCCACUGUUCUACAUGGAACUUGCCUUGGGCCAGUACAACCGGGAGGGGGCAGCUACAGUUUGGAAAAUAUGCCCCAUCUUUAAAGGUGUUGGCUACACAGUCAUUGUCAUAGCCCUCUAUGUUGGCUUUUACUACAAUGUCAUCAUUGCCUGGUCGCUCCACUACCUGUUCUCCUCCAUGAGACGUGAGCUUCCAUGGCUGAAAUGCGGCAACAUCUGGAACAGCAUAAACUGCACUGACCCUGAACACAUCAAUGGGUCUGUCCUUGGCAAUGGUACUUAUGCCAAGUACAAGAUCACCCCAGCAGCAGAAUACUAUGAACGGGGUGUGUUGCAUCUCCAUGAAAGUAGAGGUAUCCAGGACCUGGGCUUGCCUCGCUGGGAUUUAACUCUGUGCUUAGUUGUGGUUGUCUUCAUCCUCUACUUCAGCUUAUGGAAAGGUGUCAAGUCUUCAGGCAAGGUUGUCUACAUCACAGCGACUAUGCCGUAUAUCGUACUGUUUGUGUUGCUCAUCAGAGGCAUAACUCUACCAGGGUCCACAGAAGGGAUCAAGGCAUACCUUAAUAUUGAUUUCAACCGACUCAACAACCUAGAGGUAUGGAUCGAUGCUGCUACCCAAAUAUUCUACUCUCUGGGAGCAGGUUUUGGUGUCCUUAUUGCGUUUUCCAGCUAUAACAAGUUUAACAACAACUGCUACAGGGAUGCUCUCUUGACCAGCACAGUGAAUUGCAUCACCAGUUUCUUCUCAGGAUUUGCAAUAUUCUCUGUGCUCGGAUAUAUGGCUAAAAAACAUAACGUCAGUGUGCAAGAUGUCGCAACAGAAGGGGCAGGUUUGGUAUUUAUCAUCUAUCCAGAGGCAAUUGCAACACUACCAGGCUCAACAUUUUGGGCUAUUGUGUUUUUCAUCAUGUUGCUAACUUUGGGCAUUGAUAGUUCGAUGGGCGGCAUGGAGGCGGUUAUUACAGGUCUGUCAGAUGACUUCAAGAUCCUCAAGAGAAACAGAAAGCUCUUCACGUUUGCCACAGUUUUUGGAACCUUCCUCUUUGCACUGUUAUGCAUUACUAAUGGUGGGAUCUAUAUUCUGACAUUGUUAGAUAAGUACGCAGCAGGGACCUCUAUCCUUUUUGGUGUGCUGAUUGAGGCAAUUGGAGUUGCAUGGUUUUAUGGUGUGGACCGCUUCAGUGAAGAUAUUGAGAGAAUGAUGGGCUUCAAGCCAGGCCUUUACUGGAGACUGUGCUGGAAAUUUGUCAGUCCAGCUUUUCUUCUGUUUGUUGUAAUAGCCAGUACACUGACCUCAGGAGGACUGAAGUAUGAUGACUACACUUUUCCUUAUUGGGCCAACCUUGUGGGCUGGGGAGUAGCAAUGUCCUCAAUGCUGUGUGUUCCCUUAUAUGCCUUCUAUAAAUUCUUCAGUGUUCCUGGAACUUUCAAACAGAAAAUAGCCUACUGUAUCACUCCAGAACAUGAGCAUCAUUUGGUGGCCGAAGGAAAUGUGCGGCAAUUCAAACUCAGACACUGGCUGGCCAUUUGAUCACAAAUACCCAGAACUCUGUCAUCCAUCAUUUGGAUUUCCUGUGUGCCACCAAUGGUUGGAUAAAAAAGGAGAGCAGUCGGCUCCAGUUUCUCCCAGCAGCUGAUUUCCUCUCCCCAAGCAUUAACUACACAAUCCCUUUGAUGGCUUCAGGCACUUUCAUUUCAGGGUUAAAGCUAUUAGCAUCUGAAAGAAUUCCACCACUGCUAGUUUAAAAUAAUAACUGUCAGUCCUUCAAGGAAAAUCAUAUGGAUUUCUAUAGCCCUCAUUAAUGAUAGCUUUUACCAUGGUUAUGUACAGAUGUCUCUAUUACUUGAUGGAAGGGUCACAAAUCAGACUUUGAUCUCAUCGCCUUGUACUACUAUACAGUACAUAAAACCAAAAUGUUCUGGUGAUGAAGAUUCUGGCUAUUUAAUUAAUUACAGUAUUGAGAAACCUGUUGUUCUUUCCCUUCUGUUAGCACAGAGGCUUAUCUCUGUCAGUGCCUUAUUAAGCGAGACACUCCAUGUUUUCCACCAUCCAUCACCAAAAAGAGUCAACUGUGUUAACUCAGGAACCAACAGAGAUUAUAACAGUUUUAGUAACUUCUUAUUUUUGACUUAGCCGUUUGACAAUAACACCAUGAAGCUGCAUAAAAUCACCUAAUUAGCAAGAGUAAAGAAAAACAGGGCCAAUAGAAUAGUUGUGUUACACUGCAGAAUAUAAAAGGGAAUAUUAGAUGCAUGAGACCAAAGACUUUAAAGAGCCGUUUGAGACCAUAAGGAUUAUUAAGACCUGAAACAGUCUUAGUACCCAGCCUUUGUCUCAAAGACUAAGCUGGGACUUGGUCAGUGCCUACAGUAGCUUAUAACUUCAAUUCACCAAAACAGAUGGCAUUGUUUUUAUUGAUAGUUUUAUAUUAUGCAACUUUUGCUUAUUAUUAUUAUUAUUAUUAUUAUUUUGUGCAGAACGAAUAUGUGUGGCUUAUUCUGCUAAUGAACAAUGAAAAAAGGAAUGAUAGAAAGUAAGAGACAAAGAGAGUGGAUGUGUAUAAUGUGUUGAUACUUUUUUACCCUUUAACCUUUUGCUUGUGAAAAAUAUAUAUAUCAGAGGACUGAAAGCUUAUAAACACCUCUUUCAAUAUAUUGUAUAUCAGAUUUUAUGGUAACUGCGUAGCAGGGACUUUUAUGUUUUCAUUUUAAACAUAUAACUUUUGUAUUCAUUACAAUUAAAAUAGCCUAUAUUUCUUUUAGAAGUGAUGUUCUUUUACUGAUUUUUUUCUUCUCUUUUUUUACUAAGGGGAAAAAAGUUGAGUAUAACCUUUAAAAAAAUACUCUUGCUGAAAUAGAAUUAAGUCAUACAAAAAAAAGCAAAUAUAUGUGAAGUAUAUAGGAAUACAUGAUAUAUAAAUAUAUUCUUUUGUUACAUCUAAUCUUGUAUUUAACAGAUUGUUUAAAUUGUGAAAGUAAAGUAUUUUAAAUGUAACUGUCCAUAGUCCUAAAAUGUUUAAUGUUUACCUGAGAGCAACUAUUUAGAAAAAAAAGAUAUUCUUCAGUGUACCCUGGGCUACUUUGUCUAUUGAAUGUGAUCAAAUACACCCUGCCUGGAUCUCCUGGACCAUGUUUACAGAACUGUUGUGUACAAAACCAAUGUCCAGUUGAACGUGAGUGACAACUGUCUAUACAGAAGUCUAAAGUAUUCACAAUAUAGAAAUAAAAGAAAUAUUCUAU